AUGUCUACCUCACGAGCACUCGCUCUUGGCGUCUCCUAUUAUUCUCGAGUCGAAUUUGUGGACGAAAAAACAGCCAUCUAUCGUGUCGUUCAUAUCACCCCCAAUGUCCAGCCUGAAGCAGAGAAGUGGUCUUAUCGUAGCAAUCAAUGUUUCAUGUAUCUCAUGUUCAUUUUCACUUUCGACGGGCAUCUCGACAUGCCGGCUAUGUUCCAUCUUCUGGUGCUGGUUAUCCAGAUGAACCUACUGCCCAUGUUGAUUUACUGCCUCGGGCGAUCGGUUUCAGCCCACUGGCAUGGUCUUGGGGGCGAACAAGGCCGGGGUUAUGAUAUCGUAUGUGGGCCACCCAUCAGUGUCGCCCUUCCACCUCUCCGCGACGAUUCCGUGUCCAACAAUGCUACCUCGGAUGGUGCCAACGUUACUACAGGGGAAGGAAAGGCCUGCUAG